CAGACUCCUAUGGACGCUGCCCAAAUUAUGCUGGGUCUGGCGCGAAAAAGAGACAGAGCCCAAGAGCCCCUUGUGAACGCUCGUUCCAUCCGCACGCAUCGAGAUGCGCCCACACUCUUUUUCGCAGUCGCUCCUUCUGUUCGCGUUCCUCUCGUCGCUCUUUUCAGUCUCUCUCUCUUUCUCGCACGGGGGAUCUUCCUGGUCGCUGGACUCCUGGCUCAGGCCGAGGGCGCACGGGCUUGCUCGAAAUGCUCGACGGGACGCACCGUCGUCUCUCUCGAAUGUCACGACGCGGGCUACUGCCGCUACGCCUUCGGGAUGGACGUAUCUCGGAUGCGCCGUUGACGGGAAUCCACGAGCUUUGUCGUAUUCGUACGUGUCGAGCUCGUUGACCCAGGAGACUUGUAUCUCUUCGUGCGAUUCGCUUGGCUAUACGUACGCUGGCAUGCAAUUCGGGCAGGAGUGCUGGUGUGGAAACUCACUGGCCAAUGGGCAAGGAGGUCUUACCUCGUCGUCCGAGUGCAAUAUGCCCUGCAAAGGGGACGCAAGUGAGACGUGCGGGGCAAGCUACCGCCUUUCGCUUUUCUCCAAGUCGAUCCCGAGCUACACAUGGUCGCUCUCCCAGGCUUGUGUAGUCGACACGUCCUCCCGGCUGCUGCAGGGAUUCAGCACAUCCUCUGCUGGCAACACUGUCGCGUCGUGCCAGUCGAUGUGUGCCAACCGCUCGUUUUCGAUGGCGGGGGUGGAGAACGGCAACGAGUGCUACUGCGGGAACAGCAUCGCCGGUGGGACACCCGCGUCGGCGCCCGUGUCCGACUGCAGUGUAGCCUGCGCGGGGAACACUGGGACCAAGUGUGGUGGUGGGUGGCGGAUGCAGAUUUACACAGCGUCGACGUCGACUUCGACCGCGACAACAACUACAGCCACGACAUCGACAUCGACAUCGACAUCGAGUACAACAUCGUCCACUGCCACUACGACGACCACGACGACCACGACCGGCGCCACAUCGUCCACCACGAGCAGCUGGGUGUUGUCGAAUGCCUGUGUCGUGGACACCAACCCCCGGGUCCUACAGCCCUACGCCACGACGUUACCAGAUUUGACUCCGACGUCGUGUCAGUCGCGGUGCGCUGCCAACGGAUACACGAUGGCGGGAGUCGAGAAUGGCAACGAAUGCUACUGCGGAAACUCGUUCACGGGGGGCAAGCCCGCGGUUGCCGCGGCGUCGGACUGCAGCACCGCGUGCAAUGGAAACACCGGAUUGAAAUGCGGAGGAGGAUGGAGAAUUCAGGUCUACACCCUCACGGCUGGUGGGACUGCGACUGCGACCACGACCACGACGGCCGCUGCUGGAUCCACGGCCACCAGCUGGAGUCUCGCCAACGCAUGCCUAGUGGACACGUCGGCCCGCAUCCUCAGCUCGCCACAGGGCGGCUCGACCUCCCUCACACCGGCGUCGUGCCAGUCCACGUGCGCGUCCCAGGGCUUCUCCAUGGCCGGCGUCGAAAACGGCAACGAAUGCUACUGCGGCAAUUCUUUCUCGGGGGGGACGCCCGCGGCUGCGCCCGUUUCUGAAUGCUCUGCGCUGUGCACGGGCAACUCUGCGCUCACCUGUGGAGGAGGAUGGCGGAUUCAGGUCUACACCGCCGGAACCAGCAGUGCCACUACUUCAGCCACGACCACCAUGGCCACGACCACGACCACGACAACAAGUACCGCCACGUCAACUGGCUGGGUGCUCUCGAACGCGUGUGUUGUCGACACCUCGUCGCGCAUCAUGCAGGGCUACCAGCAGACCACCAGCUCCCUCACCCCGACAUCCUGCCAGAACACGUGCGCCAGUCAGGGCUUCUCCAUGGCGGGCGUGCAGGACGGCAACGAGUGCUACUGCGCCAACGCGUUUUCGGGGGGCGCACCUGCUGUUGCGCCUGCAUCCGAUUGCAACAUGGCCUGCAAAGGCAACUCGGCGCUGAAAUGCGGUGCAGCUUGGAGGAUGCAGGUCUAUGCGCUCACUGCGAGCACCAGCACCAGCACCAGCACCAGCACCACGAGUACCACGAGCACGACCACAGCGACCUCGACCGCAGCUGUCCCCACCAUCACCGAGAUCUGGGAAACGACGUACGAUCUCAGCAAAAGACUCACUCUCUCGAACGCUGCUCCGAUCAGCUUUGGUGCACCGGCAACAACGGGUGUUUGCGAUAUCAAUGUAGACGAGACCACGACGUAUCAGACCAUGGACGGAUUCGGAGCUUCUCUGACUGAAUCGUCCGCAUCGAUGUUUGUGAACUUGAAGAACGCCAAUUAUGGAAACUACCAGGCGCUGUUGCACCAGCUAUUUGACAUGGCGGAUGGCUCGUAUUCGGCCAUGAGCAGCGUGAUUCGAGUCCCGCUCGGCGCAUCCGACUUUAGCAGCUCCGUCUGGUCGUACUGUGAUAGCGGUAUCGACACGUCUCUGUCGUGCUUCAACAUCGAAAAGACCCCCUCCGCGAUCUGGACGGUGCUGUACGAUAUCCUGGCGAUCAACCCACUGAUCAAGAUCCACCUCGUGCCCUGGAGUCCGCCAGGAUGGAUGAAGGACAGCGGGACCAUGCUUGGGGGCACUCUGCUGUCCAACUACUAUGAUUUGUACGCCAACUACCUGCUCAAGGCCGCUCGCGGGUUCCAAAAUAAGGGCAUCCCUGUCUACGCGCUGGCGAUCCAAAAUGAGCCCGAGUAUUCGGACGCGACGUAUCCGUCCUGUUUGAUCUCGGCCUCUGCCGAAGCCUACAUCGGGACGAGUCUGCGCGCCCUGUUGAACAACAACGGGAUGAAUGGCGUCAAGAUUCUGGGCUACGAGCACAACUACAACGACGCCGCGGGGUACCCGGUGCAGCUGAUGCAGCAGGCGCCGGAUGCGUUCGCCGGGGCCGCCUUCCAUUGCUACGGCGGCACAGUCAGCCAAGUUGGCAGCUUCCGCAGUGCAUUCCCGGGGAAGGAGGUGCAUCUCACGGAGUGCUCGGGGACGAUCGGCAGCGACUGGUGGUCGGACGUCAAGUGGUACAUGGACAACCUGUACAUCGGCGGCCCGCAGCGCUACGCCAAGACCGCGCUCAUGUGGAACCUCGCGCUCGACGGCGCGGGGAACCCGAAGCUGCCGGGGUCGCGCAGCUGCAGCGCCAGCGGCUGCCGCGGCGUCGUCACGAUCAACUACGACGGCACGUGGGCGCCCAACCAGGAGUUCUGGGCCAUCGCACAGACCGGCAAGGCCGUCGCGCCCAAGGACCCCGCCGGCAGCCCCGCCACGCGCAUCGCCGCCAGCGUCGCCGGCACCUACGCCUGGGCCCUGCGCGUCAGCGCGUACGCCACCAAGACCAGGGCCGGCACUGCCACGCGCUACAGCCUCGUCGUGCUCAACUGGCGCGACUACGCCAGCUCGACGUGGAACCCCACCCCGCAGCCCGCGACCAUCAACUUCAGGGGCAUGCAGGUCGCGUAUACGUUUCCGGUUGGCAUCACCACGCUUUCGUGGUACGCUUAA